AUGAGCUCCAACCACACUAACUUCAGCAUCAACGAGAUCAACGAUAACCACAUGAUCUGCAUUGCAUCCAAUUACAAUAGUGCUAACCCCAAAGCAACUGAGACUUUUGCUAUUGAAGAGGCCUUUUCUUUUUGGUUUGAGAACUCGGCCAAAAGACACUCAAACUGGAACAUGACCAACACUCAUGUAUCCCAGGCCACCAGCACUGCCAGUCCCAAAGACGUUGUAACAGCUGGUUACUUUGUCUGUGACCACCAGGGUUUACCCAAGAAGAUCAAACUAGUCAAAGACGCUGGCAAUCAGAAAGCCAAAAGGGUUCAAACCAAAUUAAUUAAGGAUGGCUGCAAGUCCAAAAUCACUAAGAAGACCUUGCGAAAUAGUAACAUUGUCAUAGACUACUUGUGGCAGCAUCCCACCCAUCAGCCUGAGAAAGUCCAGGACAUGGUCUGUUCAAGACUACCUGCUGAGGCCAUCAAGAUGCUCCUUUGCAUCAAUCCUCAGUGCUUAGAAGAGCUUGAAGCUGGUCUUGGCGUUUCCAGUUUCCUGGUGUCUGCGCAUCAAUUACCAUGA